AUGGAGAACAUGGAGAAAAAAGUCUCUGCAGAAAUCUCCGAUCCCGAUCCCAAGGCGGAUACUACUGUGGGUGAUGUCUUGCCCUUUCGCCAGACACAGCGUGGUCUGGCUUCUCGACAUGUGCAGUUGAUGGCUAUUGGUGGUUCUAUCGGUACUGGACUGUUCGUUGGCAUUGGUUCUUACCUGCGGGAUGCUGGGCCAUUGUCCUUGUUCCUGGGAUAUCUUGUUUGGGGAUGUCUCUUCAUUCUGCCUGUCAAUCUGUGUGUUGGAGAGAUGGCUGCCUAUCUUCCCAUUCGUGGAUCAAUCUUCGAACUUGCUGCACGGUUUAUCGAUCCGGCAUUUGGAUUUGCUAUGGGCUGGGUAUACUUCUACGGCGGCGUAAUGCUAGUCUGUACAGAAUAUUCCUCAGUAGCAACAGUCAUGCAAUAUUGGAACACAAGCGUCAACCCAGCGGUCUGGGUAGCAAUGGCCCUAGUCGUGUGUACGGUACUCAACCUCGUCGCGGUAAAAUGGUACGGUGAGAGCGAAUUCAUCAUGGCCUCAACCAAAAUCCUGCUCCUCAUUGGCCUCGUCCUCCUCACCUUCAUCACAAUGGUCGGCGGAAACCCCAAACACGACGUCUACGGCUUCCGCAACUGGACCGACGGCGUGAUGUUCGAAUACUACACAGACGGCAACACAGGUCGAUUCCUCGGCUUCUUUUCUGUCAUGGUCUACGCAGCCUUCUCCGUCGCCGGACCGGACCUUCCAGCCCUAGCAGCAGGAGAAAUCCAGAAUCCGCGCGUGACCAUCCCUCGCGUGGUGAAGAUGACUUUCUGGCGUAUUGUCGGGUUCUACGUCGUCGGCGUCCUGGCUGUUGGAAUCAUCUGCAACCCCCGUGACCCUCGUCUCAUGUCGGCUAUUGACAAUGGUGCCGCUGGAUCCGCUGCCUCGCCUUGGGUUAUUGGAAUCGAUAACCUCGGUAUCCGCGGUCUACCAGAUCUAAUCAACCUACUGAUUUUACUGUCCGGUUGGUCCUGUGGAAAUGCCUAUCUGUACAGCUCAAGUCGAACACUCUACUCCCUCGCCCGCGAUGGCCAAGCCCCGAAAUUCCUCUUGAAGUGUACUAAAUCGGGCAUCCCCAUCAACUGCGUCAUCACUGUCUCGGUUCUCUCAUGCGUCACCUUCCUAGUAGCUGGCAGCUCCUCCGUCGAGGUCUUCUACUGGUUCGUCGACUUGACAACCAUCGCCUUCGUGCUCACCUACACGGGUAUGCUCUGUGUCUUCAUUGCUUGGUACCGAGCCCUCAAAGCACAGGGUAUUGACCGCAAGUCAUUUGUGCCCUGGGCUUCACCUUUCCAGCCGUACGGAGCUAUCCUGGCCAUUAUCAUUGGUUGUUUGACGGCUCUUUUCAAUGGUUUCUCAGUUUUCAAGCCGUUUAGCGUGCAGGGCUUUGUUACAUCUUACUUCGGUCUUGCGUUUUGGGUUGUUAUGUUUGUUUUCUGGAAGAUUUUCCAUCGGACUUCCUUUGUUAGUGCUAUCAACGCGGAUUUGUACUCUGGUAAGGCGGAGAUUGAUGAAGAGUGCAAGAUCUGGGAAGAAGGCGAUUGGGAGGAGAGGAGGAAGGCUGAGCUGGCUCAGAUGCAUUGGGUUCGGCGGGUUUGGGAGAAGAUGUGGUGA